AUGUCUACUAGGAAGUUUGAAUGUGGAUUUGAUAAACUUAAGAAAAAGAGAAGGAUAGAAAAGCUAAUUCAAUCCCAAAAAGGAGCACUAGAUAAGUAUAUUACUGUCAAAGAAAAAGCUACAGGAUCAGUAAAAGAGAUAGUAGCAAGUCCAGUAGAGAAUACAGUGCCAAUUGUCGAAGAAGGUGUAGUUGAAAAUGUAAAUGUAGCAGGGAGUGUUGAACCAAGUGUGGUAGAAAAUCUAGCAGAGAGUGUUGAACCAAAUGUAGUGGAAAAUCUAGCAGAGAGUGUUGAACCAAGUGUGGAAGAAAAUCUGGUAGAGGGUGUUGAACCAAAUUUAGUAGAAAGGGUGCCACAAUUCAAUGAUGUUAACACAAAUAUUUUUGAUCCCAGCCAAUGGAAAAACAUUGAUGCAAACUUAAGAAAUUUAUUAGUAGAAAAAGGUCCUGUUAGGCACAAGGACUUAGACUUUCCCAAAGAUGAAAAGUCUAGACAUUUUGCUUCAAAACACUAUACUUGCAGAUCAUCGAAUGGUGAAAUUCGUGAAAGAAAAUGGCUAGUCUAUUCAAAAGAUUUAGAUAGAGUAUUCUGUUUUUGUUGCAAGUUAUUUAAUGCAAAGAAUAGUAGAAGUCAGUUAGCUAAUGAAGGAUUUAGAGAUUGGCAAAAUCUUAGUGACAGGCUUAAAGGUCAUGAAAGAAGUAUUCAACAUGUCACUAAUAUGUGUAGUUGGUUUGACAGACUCUUAAAAAAUAAGACGAUUGAUAGAGCUCUACAACAAGAAGUUAACAAAGAAAAAGCUCAUUGGAGAAAAGUCUUGAAAAGAAUUAUUGUUGUUGUUAAAGGUCUUUCUAAAAACAAUUUGGCAUUUAGGGGAACAAAUGAGAAGAUAGGUGAGGAAAACAAUGGAAUUUUUCUGAGUUUUAUUGAGACAAUUGGAGAGUUUGAUCCAAUAAUGAAAGAAUAUCUUCGGCGUAUAAAAGAAGAUGAAAUUCAUAGUCAUUAUCUUGGACCUAAAAUACAAAAUGAAUUGAUAAAUCUCUUAGCUUCUAAAAUUAAAACUGAAAUCCUAAGAAUAGUAAAAGAGGCAAAGUAUUUUUCUAUCAUUCUUGAUUGUACUCCUGACAUUAGUAAAAGAGAACAAAUGACUUUGAUUUUGAGAUGUGUGAAUAUAUCAAAAACUCCAGCAAAAUUAGAAGAAUAUUUCUUAGAGUUUUUAAGAGUAGAUGACACCACUGGAAAAGGACUUUUUGAUGAACUUAUAAGUGUUAUAGCCAAACUAGAACUUGAUAUUAAUGAUGCUAGAGGGCAGGGGUAUGAUAAUGGUUCUAACAUGAAGGAAAAACAUCAAGGUGUCCAUAAAGGUUGUUAG